AUGAGCGCAAAGAAGGAAGAGACCGCUUUCAGUAUUCUCAGAAUUUAUGCGGGAUCAGAGCCGAGGAGGUAUGAGCCAGAGGGCUCUGGCCUUUCCUCUCAGCACAGGCAUCAAGCACAGCCCCAGCUGGAUGGGGUGUGUGGCACCCCGCAGUGGUCCCCAGGCUCCCCGGCGCAGCAGGGCCCGGUGUAUCAGGAGAUGAGCACUGUGACCCCGCAGCAGUGGGCCCUCCAGGCCCUCGACAGGUCCGAGCUCCAGGCCAGCUGGUUCUCCGAGGGGCGGUCCAGGGAAGAAGCAGAGUUUGCCUCCAGCAGCUUACUAGGAUUCGAGUUUGGCCUGCCUUGUUCUUCGCCUCGGCCCAGCGACAAAGUCUGGUCCUUCCUCAGAGCAAUUCCUCCCGUGGCAGACGAAGUGGUGGUCAGGCAGAGGAUCCCACGCAAGUCCUGGAAGGUGGGCAGACUCUGCCACGGCAAGAAAGUCUCUGCCAUUGCCAUCAGCAGCUCGACUCACCACGUGUACACGUGUGGCCACGGCUACCUCAGGGUGUGGGACGAGAGUGCCCUGCAUACCUGGAACAAGGCCCCGCAGGCCCAGCUGAACUUCCAGGACCGUCAUAACUGUGUCCUCAGCUGCAAGCUGUUCCCCGACGAGCAGAGCCUGAUCACCGGGGGGGUGUCCCGGACCCUGACGCUUUGGGAUCUGGCACCCACACCCCGCAUCAGGGCACAGCUGGCCUCCGCAGGCCCCAUAUGCUACUCUCUGGCCAUCUCCUCCAAUGCCCAGAUCUGCUUGGCUUGUUUCAAAGGAUUCAUUGAGAUUUGGGAUCUGCAGAACCAAAUCUUGAUCAGGAAGCACCAAGUCCCUGAAUAUGGGUCCCGAUGUGUGGAUAUCACGGGCAAUAAGUUCUGGACCGGAGGCGAAGACACCAGCCUGUAUUCCUGGGACCUGAGGAGCUGCCAGAAGCUGCAGCAAUACAACCUCCACCAUGAGAUCCUCAGCAUCGCCCACGACCCCAGCGAGGAGUGGCUGCUAGUGGGCCUGCGGACCAGUGACAUCAUCAUCCUGCACACGCACCGGAAGGAGGCGUUUAAGGCCGUCAUACAUAAAUACGUCCACCACCACAACCUCAAGUUUGCCGCCUCUGGGAGCUAUUUUGUGACCACAAUGGAUGAGUCGAUCUACUGCUUAUCUGCACCUUAUCUACAAAGGUUGUUUCAGGAGGAGGAGUCUACAGAAGUCCUGUGUUGCGACGUGUCCUCCGACAACCAGUAUCUGGUCACAGGCUCCAGAAACUGUGCCACGGUUUACAAGCUCUUGUAUUGA